AUGCCCAAGCGUGUCCCCCGACAACCAGUAGCAUCUCCUGCGAAGAAAGUCAGGCUCGCACCUGUCAACAACACAGCGGGAACGGCUGUGCCGGCCAAAGCGAAGGUCAAGGUUAACGACAACAUAUGGGAGAAGAACCCGGACCUUACAUGGUCUCUCAUCAGCGCCGUUGAGGACAACGAAGACAUCAAACAGGCCCUAUUCCCCGGUGUGGGAGCCAACGUUUCGACAGGCCGCGGUGGUGGGAAACCGAAGACAGAGUUCCAGUACAUGGUGGCAGCAGAAGUCUUCGGAAAGCAUGACAGCUUCAAAGACGAGUUCCACGCUGCGAAGACCAGCAAGGAGAAGAAGCUGUGGUCGGACAAGAUAAAAAACCGCAUCGACAAGCUCAUCAAGGCAACCAAGCAAUACAAGGAGGAGCUGGGGUCGACGGGAGAGGGAAUCCAGCACUCGUCGGAUAUCGAUGAGGAUGCAAAAAAUGAGUUCGUCAACAAGUGGCUCGCCAUCAAGUCGAAGUUCCCUUGGUUCUUUGAGAUCCGCAAUCUCAUUGCAGAGCGACCGAACGUCACGCCCGUCGGGAUCGGCAACAGCUCAAGUGAAUUCGACUUGUCUGUUCUCGGUCAGAGUGAUUCGGAGCCCACGAUCCCUGGAGAGCUCAGUGACGACGAACCCGCCAUUGAGAAGACUGAUGACGAAAACCAUGAUGAGGACGGCGGACUGGUGAUUGUCGAGAAAUCCAAGACCGACGAUCUCGCCAUAAAAGACGAGGGUGUGGAUGUUGUUGUGAAGAACGAGGCCGUAGAUGUGUCAUCAUUGGCUAAGCACACUCCGGCACGUCCUGCCCGCUCACAGCCAGUAUCGCAGUCGGUCGCAAAAGGAAAAAAAAGCAAGGGACGCGAUGAUAUCUUCGAAUUUGCGGCAGAAGAGCAGAAGACGCAGCAGGCGGAGCUUGGCGUUCGCAAGAUCAAAGUUGAGGGUCAGAUCCGGUUGGCGGCGGAGCGGCAGACUCACAAGUUCAACCUUGAGAUGGCGAAGGUCAAGCAGAUGGAGGCCGAUAGGGCCUUGGAGAAGGAACGGUUGGAGAUCAGGCGGAUGACGCUGAUGUUCGAGAUGGAGAAGUUCCGUCAUAACGCCGCCGCCUCAUCGUCGAGCACCGUAUCUACGCCCUCAUCGUUGUUUGUCCCCUUGCAGCCAUUUGACCUCGGGCUCGCCGGAUUCAACUCGGAAGGAGCAGGACCGCCAGGCAAUGCAGAAAACGAGUUCAAUUUCGGCACUCUGGCACAGUAG